CGGAAGUAAAUAUCACGUGACAUCGCAAAUCAGCUGAUCCUCCGUAGACAUCUUUACGAGUCACGACUGCAGCGAUUAAUUCAAACCCCCUCAUCCGUGAUUUUUAGGCCCGGGCGGAUAUUUGACAGCUGCAACCAUGGCGCUGAGCGAUGCCGAUGUACAGAAGCAGAUCAAGCAUAUGAUGGCCUUCAUUGAGCAAGAGGCCAAUGAGAAGGCAGAAGAGAUUGAUGCAAAGGCAGAAGAAGAGUUCAACAUCGAGAAGGGCCGUCUGGUCCAAACUCAGAGAUUGAAGAUAAUGGAGUACUAUGAGAAGAAAGAGAAGCAGAUCGAGCAGCAGAAGAAAAUUCAGAUGUCAAAUCUGAUGAAUCAGGCUCGACUGAAGGUCCUGAAGGCCCGUGAUGACAUGAUCUCGGAAAUGCUGAAUGAGGCCCGCCAACGGCUUGCUAAUGUUGCAAAAGACCCUGCCAGGUAUCCAGCUCUAAUGGAUGGUUUGAUGUUGCAGGGUUUCUAUCAGCUUCUGGAGCCAAAAGUGACCAUUCGCUGUCGUAAGCAAGAUCUUCAGUUGGUACAGGCAUCUAUACAGAGGAAUAUUCCUAUAUAUAAAGCAGCUGUUAAGACCAAUCUGGAGGUUCGCAUCGACCAGGACAAUUUCCUCCACCCAGAUAUCUCUGGAGGCAUUGAGAUCUAUAAUGGCGAUGGGAAAAUCAAGGUGUCCAAUACCCUGGAGAGCAGACUGGACCUCAUGGCUCAGCAGAUGAUGCCUGAAAUCCGAGUGGCUCUCUUCGGUGCCAAUCCAAACCGCAAGUUCAUGGACUGAAAACAUCCACUGUAUUAAAGCAGAACUCUACUUUUAUUUUUAUUUUGUCAUAUGAAAGGUAUCAUUCCUGUCUGUGAAAUGAAAUUCCAGCUCAAAAAGAGAUGCAUUGUUGUUGUGUGAUGUAUUGCUGUAUUUUUUCCUGUGCAUUAAGGGACAUAAAAGAUGUGUGUCAUGGUUACUGCACAGUUGUAGUGACUGGUUUACUCUGCUGCUCCUGUCGGAGAGUUUCAGUUUACACCGACUGGUCAGGGACAAUGGGAUUGGCUGACUGGCUGGGUCUUUAACAGGUCGCUCUCAAAUUAGAUCAGUCUUCAUGACAAACACAGCAUUGGAGUCACAAUUUUCAAGUUUCAUUCACCUCUCCCCCACAUAAUAAGUUGCUUGGGGCAUUGUGUUGCUAAUGGGUGUCUGCUCCAACCAAUCAGAGAUAACAAAUAGUAUCCUAGAAACAAACUGAAGACCAUACAUGACCUUACUAAGUUAAUUUAUUGAUGUUACAUCAACUGUAUGUCAUUCUUCUGUCAUGAUCUAUCAGAGUGGGUGAUAUCAUUCCAGAGGGCGCACUGUCUGUAUAUGAGGUUUCCAGAUUAAAUUAUAUGUAUGUGUGAUUGUGUUUUGUUUUUGUUUUCUUUUUUGAUUGUGUAUCCAACUGAAAAUGUUAUAUUGUGGAAAUGUACAACAUAAUAAAAAUAUAAAUCAUUA